GCCGAAAUCAAGAGUCAGGCGCUUAAGCGACUGAGCCACCCAGGCGCCCCUUACUUCAGGCACUUUUGCCAAUUUCCUAACUCUCAGAAGUUGGACUGACACAUGCUGUAAUGUUUUUGAGCAAGGUUUGGAGGGGGAAAUGUGUAGGGCAUGCACAAGAGGCACAGAGAGCGAGGAGUCCCUGGAUGCACAGCGGUGGCAACAUUGCUACAGUUGGGGCUACCCAUGGGUGAGCAGAGGACAGGAGGUCAGAAUGGUAGGCACGUGCUCAUGGAGGGCCUUAAAUGCCAAGAUAAAAGCUUGAACUUUAUUAGACAUAGUGACACUAACAGUUAGUGCUUAUUGGAUUCUUAGCCUAUGCGCUAAGCAGUAUACACGAACUGCCUCAUUUUAGUUCUCUCAACAACUCUCCAGGUACUAUUAUUAUCUCCAGAUUACAGAUGAAAAACUGAGUCACAGAGGUAAAGAAACUUCCCUGGGUCCCACAGUUGCGUGAAAACAUUUUUACAUGGAGUUGUGUCCUAGAAAUCUGGCAGCCUUGAGUCAGAUGAAUUGCAGAGAGGAGAGACCCCAAAUAGUUAUUGUAAGAGAAUCACCAGAGAAUGGUACCAAAAGCCUGAAGUAGAACGGUAGCAGGGGGAAUGGGAAGAAAGGAAUGAAUGCAAAUACUGAGUGGAUGUGCAGGGCGGUGGCAGAGAAGAAGAUUUCACAGAUGCCUCCUAGCUACUGAGAUUAGAUGUCCUGGAGGUCUGUUAUUAGAAGAGGCUGAGCCAGGGAGAGACAGAUUUGGUGUAGAGGAUGUUGAGCUCAGUUUUGGGGUACAGUGAAUGUCUAAGGACCCCCAGGAAGGUUACCUCACAAGCACUGAAAAUUAGCAAUUUGAUCUGGGAAAAAAUAAAGAGUUGGUGUUACAAAUCCGUAAAGGCGUUGCACCAAGGUAUUAGUCGCAACAGUGGGAGUAAAGGUAGAAUAAAGAUAGAUGAUGGAUGAUUAGAUAGAUAGAUAGAUAAAUAGAUAGAUGAAGGAAGGAAGGAAGGAAGGAAGGAAGGAAGGAAGGAAGGAAGGAAGGAAGGAGUAGACAAUGGUGCCUAGUGAACACCCACAGUUAGGAGAAGAAAGGGGAGCCCAUGGAGGAACAGAUCAGAGGCGGCAGAUCCAGACAGGUACCUUGUUAGGAAAAUGAAGAGAUGAGAGUUUCCAAAAGUCAAAUGCUGAAAAGCCCACAGCCAAUUAUAACUAAAAAAGACAGGAAUUUGGAAAUAAGGAAUCCUGAUGAUCAUUUCAGAGAAUGAUCAGAGUUUAAGAAACCCUUAAACUCUGCACAUGGGGGAACAAAUGGGUACAUUACCAGAGGCCAAAUUGGCAAUAUGGAUCAGAAGAGUUAAUACCACAUAUCUGGAAAUUAUACUUCUAGAAAUUUAUAUAGAAAAGGAAUACUCCUAGAGAUGCAAUAAGAUACAGCUAUGAGGCUGUUGGUCACUAUUUUGUUUAAAAUCCUGAAAAUUUGUCAACAGCACAAACAAUGGGGAAUAUUUAAUGGGUACAAAGAGGAUUGUAGUUGGUUAUAAAGAAGCAGGUUACAACACUGCGUAUGUUUCUCCCACCCCCAUUCCCCACCUUUUAAAGGAAGGCAAUAUAUAGAGAAAUAUGGAAGAAUAUACUGCAAGAAUUUCAUGAUGGUUUUUUCUAGGUGGUAGGAUAUGAUAAUUAUAAGAUCUCUGUUUUCCCUUUCUGCACACCCAUUUACCCUCCCUCCCUCCUUUGGAUUACCUAUAUCUACUAUAACAACUCUGUCCAAUAGAAAUAUAAUGGGAGCCACAUAUGUAAUUUUAAACAUCCUAGUAACUACAUUUAAAAAGUAAAAAGAAACAGAUAAAAUAAUAAUAUAUUUUCUUUAACCCCAAUGUGUCAGUGUCAUCAUUAUAACAUGAAACCAACACAGAAAAUAUUAAUGAUAUCUUAGAUUUUUCAAAACACUCAGCCUUCCAAACCUGGUAUGUAUUUUACAUUUACAGAAUAUUUCAAUUUGGACCAUCCACAUUUUAAGCACCCGAUGGCCACAUGGCUUCCGUAUUAGAUAGCAAAGCUGUAUAAAAUUAACAGCUAACGUUUAUCAAGUGCUUACUAUGUGCUAGGAACACUGAUGUAAGCCCAUUGGGUGGGGAUUAUAACUCGUUCAACAACACAAAAACUCCUUAAGGUUGUUAGGAUUGUUAUUGCCUCCGUAAGCAUAUGUUGCUAUUGUCAUAACACCGUGGUAAAAGUUUGGGAGCUUUGCACGCCAUUUCCCUAAUGGGAUGGGGGUGGAAGCCAGGUUGCAAAGGCUUAUUGAGUCGAAGGGAACUGAGGCAGAUGCAGAGAGACUAAAACUUACUCAAAAAGUUUGGUGGUGAAGAAAAGUUAGCAGAAACUAGAGGACGGAAGGCUUUUUGUGGGACAGGGAGACCCAAAGGCAAACUAAGCUAAAGAGGAGGGAGGAGGAUGAAAGGUAAAAGAGAAAUGGCUGGGGAUGUUGUUAGACCAAGUACUCCACAAGAGUGAGGGCUCUGUUGGAUAAACACUGCCUGGCCUGUGCUGGGGGGGGGGGGGGGCUGUGAUGGACACCAUCACUUCCCAGCUGAGGGUGGAGGUGGGAGUGUAGCCUGGGAGGUGGGGGGGGGGCAGAUCCUGGUAACUCCCUCCUGCAGGUGAAUGCCAGGACAGAGUGGAGGCGGUGCUUCCCUGGGGGGAGUUGAACUGAGUGGUGAAGAAUGAAAGUUACCCAGCAAAGCAGCAAAAAAUGGACGGGAUAUAGACUUGAAAAAUACUUGACUAUAAGACCAGGUGACUGGAUGAAAAGAAAGAUGAGAGAGUGAGGAUCUGAGUUCCCAAGCUUCCGGCAUGGCCAAGGGCAGAGAUAGUAACAUCUACUGAGUGGCUGUCUGGAGUCACACAUUGGUCCUGUGCACCACAUACUAAUCUCAUUCAUCCUCACAGAGGUCCCAUAUAGUGCUUCCCAUUCUGCAGAUGUGCAAACCGAAGCAAGAUUAUUGGCCCCAGUUCUCACCAUCAGUAAGUGGAAAAGUCAGAAUCGGAGCCCAGGUUGUUCCAGAGAUGGAAGGAAGGAGGAGACAAAUUGAUGAGGGCCCAGAGGUAGGAUGGGUGGUCCAAGGGGCUGGGCAGGCAGGUGUGGAAUGAAAGGUAAGCAGACAUAUGGGAUGGUAGGGCCCUCUGGCCUGAGGAAGGCACCGAUCAGUCUUUGGACAGAACUCUGCAACUGGGGAGGGACGACAGGCAGGUGGAAGGGAAGGGCUGGGGAACAGAGGUGGGAGAGGGGGUAGGAGGUUUGGUUUAAGGUGGACUGCUGUCCACUGGUGGAGAGAGGAGGCAUUUAUGUGGGAGAACUUGGCAGAGACUGGGCAGGUGAGAAGGCACAGCAAGAGACAGGGGCCAGGCGGAGAGCAUUGUUACUCCAGAACACAGAGGCAGAACACAGAGGCAAGCUUAGAGACCCCCUGAGGGUGACAAGUUCUUCUCUUCACCUACUGCAGAAAAAGCGACAGUAGAGGAAGAGGCCCUAAGAGGAGCAGAAAUAGAGGAAACCAGGUUAGGGAUAAAUAUCCACAAAGGUAGGGGAAGGAUGGAGGGAAAUUAGAGAAUUACCAGAGAGGAAAGCCAGAGAAAGGAGGCUUGGAACAGGGAAACGGGAGGGAAGGUGAAGAUAGAACUGCCAUCAUCCAGCACACCCAGCCCACCAACAACCCAUCCCUAACCCAGAGAACGCCUGUCUUGGGAGUUAGCUGCAGCAGCAGGGUGGGGACGGAAUGGGAGUGAAACCCGAGCCAGAUCACUGACCUGUCCCAGCUCAAUGGAGACUGCGACCAGACUCAAGUCACUGGUCCUGUGCAGUCUGUUUCUUCAUCCGAAAUAUGGGGUUCAUGACAGACAGCUAGAUGUCAAAGGACUUCGCAAGCACCAGGUCCACAAGGGAAGGUGUUAUUAUAAGGCCUAUCAAGUUAAUAACAACAGGUAUCCUCAGAACCAUGCAGAUGACAAUAGAUGUGGCCAGUGUAGAUGCCAAGUCUAGAAAUGAAUGGCCCGGUAGAUUCCAAGCUCCUCUACCUGCCCAGUGUAGCGAGUUCGCGGCCAAUAUCCAGCCUCACGUUGGGGUAGGAGGCGAGGGCCUGCGGUUAGACAGAUGGGGUUCGUCUCUGGCCAGGGGCGCAAGGCCCGCAGCAGGGUUAAACUUGCUCCGGCUCCUGUCUUCUCCGUGGCAGCCCCCUGUCGCCGCAGAGCACAGGCCCAGGCAAUGCUUAUCCAACUGAACCCGCGUCCCCGCGGGGAUCUUGCUCCAACAAAAUACCCAGUCAUCUCCUUCUAUCUAAAGCGAAAAUCCCUUCGUUCCGUGCCCUUGCCCAGCUCCGCACACUUGCCCCCUUAGUGGUGUGGCCUGCUCAGGUCGCCGCUCGGCCCGGCUGAGCUUCCCCUUUUUCAGGACUGAAGCUGGGGCAAAGGAGGAGGGGGAAGAAAUAAAUGAAAAGUCGGGGUGGAGGGUGGAGCAGCGAGACAGGGAGGGGGAUAGACAGCCUGAGACAUAAACGGGAGAGAGACAGAGAGACCUGUACAGAGCCAAAAAGAUCCGGAGAGGUCGCAAAAGAGGCACUGGCGCUCGCCACGGAUUCGUUAAGGAUUCCUUCCGCAGGCAUUUCUGAUGAGGCUCCGCCGCGCUCGGCCCGGGGCUGCCCGGGACGCGAAGGGCUGCAGGGUGCGGUCGCCUCGCCUCACCUCCCCCCUCUCGCCGCCCCCUCCCCACCUCGCCCAAGGGGGCCGGAACGGCGUCGGCGCGCGGGGGCUUUUCGGCGCAGUCGACUGGAAAAUAGACUUUAACCCGCUUUGUGGCGACAGGGGCGCCCGAAGCGCUCUCCCGGACCGGGGCUCCCGGCGCUCAGGCGGGCCACUCCCAAGACCCGGCCUGGAGUCCCUGCAGAGUCACGCGGCACGCGGAACCCCUGGCCUCGGGGCGCCGGCAAGGCCUAGGCCGGAUCUGCGCACCCGGCCACAGCCGGGCCGCCCCGACAGACCCCGGCGACGGCGAGGAAGCGAAACGCGCUGCGGUCCCCUCCUUGCAGUGCUCUGGCAGGGUCCGGGUCCCAGCCUCCCCACCACCGCCCAGCGCCCUCCUAGGCCUCCGUGCGGUGUUUCCUGCGGCCUGGAAGGCCCGGGUGAAAAAGUUUGCUGAGUACUGGUUCUCUUCACCCUCUCACCCCCAGGGAAUUAUUGCAAGAAAUGGAAACCUGACGGAGCAGAGUCGUCCGCUGCUCCGCGGUCGCAGGUGGAAGGUGAGGGUCAGGGGAGGCCAGGCGGCCGCUGCGUUCCCGGGAUGGCUGGGAUGCAUUCUUGGAGACAGGGUCGACUGCUCGGCGAGCUUCAAGUUAAGGCUCGAGGCCCUGGCCUGGCCCGCCUGCACCUGAGCCCCACGACCAGAGAAGGCGAGAAAAGCAGAUCGUCCUCUGCUGAGGCCCGCCGUCCCGGUGCGAGCAGACCGCGGUGGCUGUGGCUGGGCCAAGGAGGUGCUUCCGAACACGGAUUUGCUGCUUGAGGUCUGCAAAGUGACCACUCCGGUGGCUCUUCUCGCGCUGUCCCCGGCCUGGCCCCUGGGUGAAAAGAACUGGGCGUCCCCUUUCUGGAGCCGUCUCCCAUAACACUCAGAAAACGCGAAACCUCACGAACGAGGGCGCGGCUUUCAGACCCGCGUCCCAAGAGACAGAUGGUGGGUGAGCGGGAGGGUCCUGGAGGCCAGGGAGCUUGUUCUCGGAGAACCUAUUUGUUGGGCAAAACCCACCCACCCUCCACUCGGAUCCAAGUUGCCUGAGAACUGAAACGACAUCCCAGGAUGAAUUGGAGGGGGUUCAACUGAGUUACACAUCGGGAAGUGGGGCUGGAGAUUUUCCCAAGCCCCAAGGCCCCUCGGACGCCUUCUUCGGCUCUCGCGUGGGCUGAGGUGGUUGGAGCGGUCGCCAGACUCAGCUACAGGGCAGAGACGCGAGGAGAAGCUUGUGGCAAGGGGCGGAUGAGGGGUGGGGGGGAGGCCUAGAUCGCCCAGCAAAGGCUCCAGUCCGCUUUUUGCCUCCGACUGCUGGCUCCUUCCCCACCCGCCGUCCCUCGCCCCGCCCCGCCCCGCCCCCCACCUUGGGGCAGGUGAGCGGCGGCCAAUGGGCGAGCGCGGGGCAGGUGCCGGCUAACUCGCGCCUCGCAGAGCAGCGGCCGAGGCUGAGCUGGGCAGUGCUGGGAAGACCAGGGGCGGGCGUCGGUCCUGGCUGGACUCGGGAGGGAGGGGGCCGGGCUCAGCCCCCAGGCCGUAGAGGCAGCUCGUAGCCUCGCACGGAACCCGCGCCAGUGCCUGCGCCGGGAGCUGCCCGCUCGGCCCCAGAGGCCGGCGCGCCUAGCUGCGCGCCGUGGCCCGACUCCGCGUUCGCUCGCUCGCACGCCCCUCGCCUCACAGCGCCUGGCUCGCCGGCCGGGUCUGAGCGCGGGCGGGCGGGCGGGGGAGGUGAGGGGUGCUGGUGUGUGUGCAUGUGCCUGGCUGGGUGCACACCCCGCACGGCGGCGGCGCCAGGACGCGGAGCGCUCCCCAGAGCCCAGCUGCCUCGCUCGGCUCUGGCGACCGCGACCAUGUUCCAGCCCACAGCCAAACGCGGCUUUACCAUCGAGUCCUUGGUAGCCAAGGACGGCGGCACCGGCGGGGGCACUGGCGGCGGGGGCGCCGGCUCCCAUCCCCUGGCGGCGGCCGCCUCGGAGGAGCCACUCCGGCCCACGGCGCUCAAUUACCCUCACCCCGGCGCGGCCGAGGCGGCCUUCGUGAGCGGCUUCCCCGCUGCCGCCGCCGCCGCCGCCGCCGCGGGCGCCGGCCGCUCGCUCUACGGUGGGCCCGAGCUUGUGUUCCCCGAGGCCAUGAACCACCCCGCGCUGACCGUGCACCCGGCGCACCAGCUGGGCGCCUCCCCGCUGCAGCCCCCGCACUCCUUCUUCGGCGCCCAGCACCGGGACCCUCUGCACUUCUACCCCUGGGUCCUGCGGAACCGCUUCUUCGGCCACCGCUUCCAGGCGAGCGACGUGCCCCAGGACGGGCUGCUUCUGCACGGCCCCUUCGCUCGCAAGCCCAAGCGGAUCCGCACGGCCUUCUCGCCCUCGCAGCUCCUGCGGCUGGAGCGCGCCUUCGAGAAGAACCACUACGUGGUGGGCGCCGAGCGGAAGCAGCUGGCCGGCAGCCUCAGCCUCUCCGAGACGCAGGUGAAGGUGUGGUUCCAGAACCGGAGGACAAAGUACAAGCGGCAGAAGCUGGAGGAAGAGGGGCCUGAGUCUGAGCAGAAGAAGAAGGGCUCCCACCACAUCAACCGGUGGCGCAUCGCCACGAAGCAGGCCAACGGGGAGGACAUCGAUGUCACCUCCAAUGACUAGGGGGGGCAGCCACGGAUCCAUGAGGGCAGAGCGUCUGCUCGCUGCUGGCCAGGCCCCCGGGUGGGCCCAGCUGGACUCUGGCCGCUCCCCCGCCAGGCUUCGGGGAGGCCUCGAGUCACGGCCUCACAGGGCUUGGAGCCUGGGGCUACCACUGCCAGAGGGACAAGAAAUGGGCUGGCUGAGGCCUGGGACUGCUCAACCUUCUCCUCGGAGAGCCUGCCUGCCUGGGCGGGCCACCAGCCACUGCAGCCUCCCAGCCAUUCUCCAUUUCUCUUAUCUCCUGUUUGUUUUGAUGCGUUUCUGUUUUAAUUUAUUUUCCAGGCACCCGCUGUAGUUCUUAGUGAUCCCCUUGUAUCUCCCUUCCCUAUGGGAAUAAUAAAAGUCUCUCUCUUAAUGA